AUGCGCACCUCACGCAUCGCCACCGUCCUCCUGGCGUUGGCGCCCACUGCCAUCCUCGGCAGUCCCGUAUCCAUCCCCAAGGACGGCAUCGUUGCCAUUGACCACAGUCUCACCCCUUCGAAGACCACCAACCUGAACCAUGGCCUCGCCGGCCGCGACGACCACAACCCCUCGAUCCAUACUGACGUCCAUCCCGGCGACAUGUGCAUCAAUGCCCAUGCCACCGAGAUUUGCACCCCGGGCGGUGAAGACAACCCCAACUGGAACCAAAACACCAAGCGUUCUCCCGUCUCUGAAGAAACCGCUCCCGACCCCGACUCUGACUGGGCCUGCAGCUACAACGCGGCCGGCCAGUACGAGUGCACCGGCGAUCCCGACCACGAGACCUGCGUGUUCGACGAGCACGGUGACCCGACUUCUUGCACCGCUGGCCAGAAGAAGAUUGCUACUCCCAUCCGCCUUGCACACAACGUGAACCAUGGCCUUCUUGCCAACAGAGACACCCUUCCCACGGCCCUUCCUAUCGACCCCAACCACCCUUGGGUCUGCGGCUACAACGCCGCCGGCCAGUACGAGUGUGCUGGCGGCCCUAACGACGAGUCCUGUCUCUAUGACGAGGACAUGAACCGGAAUUGCACUAAAAACAACAAGAUGGAUCUCAAGACUACCACCAUCGACGCAGCUGCUGCUAUCAACACUGUCAAAGCCAGAAAUGACGGCGAUCCCUACGGCGUCUGGGAUUGCAAAAACACUGCCCUCCGACAAUACAUUUGCAGCGGCGGUCCCAACAACGAGACCUGCACCUUCGACGAUGGCAGCAAUGUUUUUUGCAUUUCUAAUACUUCUGCCAACGACCUCUUCAAGACCAGCAGCAGGGACUCAGAAGAUGGAGGUGAUCCGGAUUUCUCCUGCGUCACUGAUGUUACUGGGGACUAUGUCUGCACGGGUGCUGAUGUCCGCUGCGUCAUUGGCAAGCAGGGAAAUGCUACUUGCAGCUUUAAUGGCCCCGACGGCAGCGAUGCCAGCAAGUACAAGGUCAACGAGGAGCAUCUCGCGAUGGUUCUUUCUACGGUUGGGCCCAACCCCAAGAACAAGGACACUCAGGAUGACAGCGACCCGUUUGAUGUCAACCCUAAUUACUCAUGCACCCAGAUCGCGGAUUAUACCUGGUCUUGCGGUUCGAACGGUAUCUCUCCUCCCGGCUCUGGAAAUGGCAAAGGGAAGGGUCUUGAUAAUCGUGGCUCGGGUGAUCCUGGUCAGGGAUGCAAUCAGCCUCAAGGGUUCUUUGGCGGUUGUGAUGGGAAGCGUGCUUCGGAGGAAAAGAGCGAAGUGGACGAGAUUCCCGACGACCCUUCUCCUGGAAAUGAUAGCCGCAAUUCGACCGAAGCCCAAUGCCUUUAUAUAACCGACGAAGAUGCCGUCCCCUACCCCUCCGGCUUCAACGACUGCCGCAGCCUCUACCACGAGUUCCUCUCCUCUAACAACACCCUCUGGGUCCCCGACCCUGACAUCCACUCAGCCCCCACCAACCCCGAUGACUUCGUCCUCUCCUGGUCCACCGGCGCCAAUGACUGCAAGAAGGGCGACUACAACACCUGCCACAUCGUCAUCUGCAACUAUAAUGAGCGCGAUGGCUGGCCCGUCAAGCUCGCCAAGAAGGAUAUCAAGCAAAGAAUGAAAGAGGUGCUGGAUACGUGCGUGGGCGAGCAGCAGGUUGGCGGGUGGAUACAAACCUACUUGUAUAGUGCGACUUUGACGAUGGGGGCGCUGGAGACUGUUAAAUUGGCUGAGAUUGAACGACAGAAGCGGGUUGAUGGCAAGGAACAUGUUGUUGUCUCUAACGAGAAGCGUGAGCCUGAGGACAAUACCGGGUUGGCUAUCCCCGAGGAGGAUGAGAAGAAGUCUGUCAACGUCGAAGGCCAGGUUGCUGAACGUGGUGACGGUGACCCUGGUCAGGGAUGUAGCCUGCCGCAAGGCUUUUUCGGAGGCUGUGAUGGUAAGCUUGCUACCACUAAGCGGGAGGAGAUGUUUGUCAAGGUUGUCAAGAAGUCGGCCGAUGAUGAGAAGCCGGCUGUUGUUAAGGGAGAUGAGAAGGACGCCGAUGAUAAGGGACGCGAUGGUUGGCACUCGUCAUGCUUCUUCGGAGGUUGCAACGAAAAGGACAUCAUCAAGCGAGAGGAGAUUGAAAAGGUGCGUGAGAAACUUGGUGAUGAUGAUAUGAAGAAUGUGAUCCUGGUCAGGGUUGUAGCCAGCCGCAAGGCUUCUUUGGUGGUUGCAAUGGCAAAACCAGAGAUGACGCUGUUUGAGCGGAAGGUGGAUGGGAUGCUGACGGCCACUGAGCAGGAUGAGAAUAAGGCUGCUGGCAAUACGGGACCUGAUGAUCGCGAGGAUAAUCCGGAUGAGAAUUGCAGUGUGGUGGAAAGCUUUUUCUGGUAUUGCUAG